AUGCGUGUGAUGUAUCAUCUAAAGAUGCGAUAUCACAACUUGCUCAAAAGAUAUCUGAAAAGGAAACGGCUUUGGACAUCCUCAUCUCGAAUGCCGGUAUCAGACGAGACCCCCCCUUUAGCAUGCAACGUGCUCACAGCAUCCGUACAAGAACUUCAGCAGUCAAUGUGCGUAGCCUUUCUUCCUCUCCUCGCGGCUGCGGCGAAUCAACUGACCAGCACUGGAACAACGGGGCGAGAUGAGGGGCGAGGAGUCAUUGUGGUAACCAGCUCGUGUGCAAGCAUGCACAAUUCCACUAAUGUGGAUCUCACAAGCUAUGCCACAAGCAAGGCUGCUACUGAUCAUCUUGUCAAGUUGUUGGCGGCAAAGUACAAUCGAUUCUAUGUGCGUGUGGUUGGAAUUAAUCCCGGUUCAAUAUGA